CUUUACACGAUUUUCAGUAGUCGAGUUUCACGAUUUUUGCUUCACUUCAUCUGGCAACCCUGAGAACAAUAGGAUUAUAUUUAUUAAUUAUAUCUAUAUUAUAAAAUACAAGUACAAUAAUGGUGAAGAUUUCGAAAGUAGUUGUGUGUGGAAUGAAGGGUAUAGGUAAAAGUUCAAUUUUAGAACAAGUCAUAUAUGGACAUGCUAAUACAAAAUUGGAUUUGCAUCCUACAAUAGAAGAUAUUUAUGUCGCAAAUAUAGAAUCUGAUAAAGGUACUAGAGAAAAACUACGAUUUUAUGACACAGCUGGAAUAGAGUUUUCACAAAUAUCUACUUCAAAUGGAAUGACAAGUCAACAAUUACCCAGGCAUUAUUUACAGAUAGCAGAUGGGUAUAUCUUAGUCUAUGAUACUUCAAAAAGUACUUCACUGGAUAUACUUGUAGCUUUAAAGAAGGACAUUGAUAAGAAUAAAGAUAAAAAAGAGGUAUCCAUAGUUGUUAUUGGUAAUCAUUUUAAAGAAGAAGCAAAUGAAGAAAUGAAUCUUAUAGUCAGUAAAGCAAGUCAGUGGUGCAUGAGGGAAAAAGUGAAACAUUUCACAGCAUCGGCUCUAAAGAGGGCAAGCCUGUAUGAGCCUUUUGUCUACAUCACUAGCAAAUUGAUGCCACCUCCGAGUAAAAGUAGUUUCACCCCAUUAUCUAUGGGUCGAAAGGUCAUAAAAGAUUCUUAGAUUGAUAUAAACUAGGUGAAAGUUUUAGAUAUAUUUAAAUAAGGUAUUAUUAGCAUAUUAGGUAUUUAUAAAAAUAUACUAUUGGUACAAAUUUA